UUCAUUCCGUCCGGAAAUGAUACUGGUUUCCAUGAGAACAGCAGUAAACAUUUUGCAUGAGACUUUCUUUUGACUGCGUGCAGAAGCUACGGAAACCAAUAAAGCAAGCUAGCAAACUGCUUCAUAGCCGGGCACAUGAUUUUUCUUGUAGUUUGUCCCAGAGGUGACCAUGAACACCCAUGGCAGUGAGGUGAAGGUGUUUGCUCGCACUCGACCGACGGCUAACUUUGCCCAAGACCUAAUUGAAUACCUUCCAGAUGGCCAGACAGUGAAUGUCCGUCUGAAGAAGGAUUCCAGGAAGGGGAUUGUGAAUAACCAACUGAACUCUUGGUCAUUCCGGCUGGACAGAGUCCUGCAUGACGUGUCCCAGGAGGAGGUGUACAGCAGUGUGGCCCGGAGCGUAGUGCUGGGGGCUCUGGAUGGGUACAAUGGUACAGUGAUGUGUUUUGGGCAGACUGGGGCAGGGAAGACCUACACCAUGACAGGUGCUACGGAGAGCUACAAGGAGAGAGGGAUCAUUCCCCGUGCUAUACAGGAGGUGUUUCGGGAAGUGGAGCGGCGGUCCGACCACAUCAUAACAGUUCGAUUGUCCUUCCUGGAGAUCUACAAUGAGACGUUGCUGGACCUGCUGUCCUCAGUGAAGGACACUCCGACAGGGGCGCCCGCGGUCAUGUCUAUCGUGGAUGAGGGGGGUGGCGGCGUCACCGUGAAGGGCCUGUCGAUGCACCUGGUCCACAACGAAGAGGAGGCCCUCAAUUUGCUCUUCGAGGGAGAGAUGAACCGGAUCAUCGGAGCUCACACCUUGAAUAGAAAUUCUUCCAGAUCUCAUUGCAUCUUCACUGUCCAUAUUGAGUCUCACUCAAGGACUCUGUCAGAUGCCAAGUAUGUCACCUCCAAGCUGAACCUGGUGGACCUGGCUGGAUCAGAAAGACUUGGAAAAACUGGGUCUGAGGGCCAGAUUCUCAUAGAGACCAUGUACAUCAACAAGUCCCUGUCGUUCCUGGAGCAAGCCAUUCUGGCUCUGGCAGACCGGCGUCGGGACCACGUGCCCUUCAGACAGAGCAAGCUGACCCAUGCCCUCAAAGAUUCACUGGGUGGAAACUGCAACACAGUGCUGGUGGCUAAUGUUUAUGGAGAGGUCGCUCAGAUAGAGGAGACGCUAUCCACUCUCCGCUUCGCCAGCAGGAUGAAGUGUGUGCGAACAGAGCCGGCUGUCAACGAGCACGUCGACCCCGUGAUCCAGAUUAAGAAGCUGCAGAAGGAGAUACAGUUACUGAAGCAGGAGCUAUCCAUCCGGGAUACACUGGCCAACCGGACUGGGAUGUCCUAUGGUGCACUUACAGAGACCCAGGUAGCAGAGAUUCAGAGCCAAGUCCUGAGAUACUUCGAUGGAACUCUGGAUGAGAUCAAUAUAGUGAGCAUCAGACAGGUCAAGGAGGUUUUUGUCCAGUUCAAGCUCGCUCUGCAGCAGCGGGAGCAGAAAAUCAAGGCUGACAUGAUUCAGAACUUCGCCCUGGCUGAGAAAACACAGAGCACACAGUCAGCUGCUAAUGCAAAGGGGCCCAACGGAAUGGUGGGGGAAAUUGAUGGACCUAGUUUUGGAGUGGGCAUGGCCCCUCCAUUGGAGAAGAACAGUAGACUCCAAUCCCCCCACAGGUCCAAAACCAAAAAGGGAAAAGACAUCAACCGGAAGGAGGGAGCAGGGAGCCCUGCCCAGGUGAAGGAGGAGCCAGCGGUCUCGUCCACAUCCCGGAUAAACCCCCUGCUGGUGUCACAGAAGGACAUAGACGGCCAGGAGCCAGAAAUGCUGAGCCAGGACUCCCAAGGGCCACCGGCGGGGGACAGAGAGAACUUCAGGGCUGAUUCCCCACCCCCAAAAGCUGCAGCCUUCGAGGACUUCAAGGCGGAGCGCGGGAGCGAGAUAAACCGCAUCCUGAAGGAGAACAAGGCGGUGCUGGUGGAGCGGCGGCGGCGUCUGCGGGAGCUGACGGACGGGGUGAACGCGGCCAAGCGGGAGAUCGACCGCACCAGCGCCGAGCUGCAGCAGCGACGGGAACAGAGCCAGCGCCACGGGCGAUUUGUGAGUGCAGACGGGGAGCCGGUGCUGGAGGAGGCAGAGCUAGCCUUGCUCCUGAGGCUGCAGGAGCUGAAGGGACAGUACCGUCAGCAGUAUAAGGAGCUGCGCGGCACCAAGGCUGAGGUCAGCUACUGCGAACACCUGGUGGACCAGUGCAGGACCCGUCUACUCAGCGAGUUUGAGAGCUGGUAUAAUGAGUCCUUCCUGAUUCCUGAGGAGACGCAGGCUAUCCUGAGAUCAGGGGAUCCCGCCAUCCAGCCAGGACACAUCCCAAUGGCCAAGGCCUUGGCUCUGGAGGAAGAUGAUCAGGAGCACUUUGAGCAUCUCCGGUCCGAGUUGUUGAAGAGCCCUGGUGCUAUCUCCUACUUCAAUGCCCAUGACAGGACUUUGCAAAGGAGAAACUACACCAGGACCUCAACCCAGAAACUGCAGCAGAAGAGGAGCUCAGAGGACAAUGGGAGGACCAAGCUGCCUGCCAUCCUCUCAGUGACCUGAAAGUAGCACUGCCAAAUAAUACCUCACUGCAGGGGGGGGACUACUGUAUCCAAACACUCUGGAGGAUAACAGAUAUAAAUGAAUAGCACCCAUUGAAUUUUGCUCAUUGUUGUAUUAAGCAUGAAAAUAAAAUUAAUGAUG